AUGCUGUUAGGUUUGUUAGAAAGGAACCAACUAGCAGCAACAGAUAUGACUCUCAAGAGGUUUAGAAGGCGAUCACCGUGUGAUGAGUGUCUGUAUCCGCCGGAUAAAAAACCGUGCUUCGACAUCAAAAAAGUGACAGUCGAAAGAGGUAACUCAUGCCAUUCAAACAUGAUUCGUUCGUUCCUCUACACCCACUUCUGGCCUCAAGAGCCCAGUGUCGUUGGAUUGUGGACGCCUCUUAACAGCCCUUAUUUGGAAGUCCUGACGGACCAAUACGCUAAUUCUGGCGAUCGAUUUUUGGCCUUCGAAAAAAUUGAACGUACCGGCGAAACGAAAUUAAUUGGAGUCAGCAUCGGUAACAAAGUACUUCCAUGGACGAGCGACGAGCUGGAGGAAUGGGCACACUCCACAUCCUCCAAACCAGAACAAACCAGGAUGUACUUCAAUGCUCAUUGCUUGAAGGAUUCUAACUUGAUCAACAAGUAUAAUGUUGACUACCUUUAUGAGGUGGAAAUUCUUAGUACAGACCCAGAAGUAGCUGGCCAAGGUGUAGGCAAGCUUCUCUUAAAUACUGCUCUCAGUCACGCUGAAGAAUUAGGUUAUCCCGUAGCACAGGUCAUAGCGGUCAGCCAUUAUACUUCUAAAAUCUGUAAGAAAUGCGGAAUGAAGCUCGAGUGGUCUAUGAAAUAUGAAGACUUCGUCGAUAGAGCUGGACGACAAAUGUUCUUCCCCCGCCGGCCACACCUGGCUGUUGAAAUUUAUUCAAAGUUCUUCGAUCCGUCAAAAAACAAAGAGGAGCCUUGUAAACCACAAUAUUUCUGA